UUGACGAAGAUUUCUCUACAAGAAAAUACGCGGGAGCUGGCUUCGUUGUGGCUUCAUCUACACGACAAUAAGAGUGACGCAGCAAGGUCAGUGUUCUCCCAUUCUCGCAACAGCAGCAGCAAACGAGCAAGAUGGCAAUGGCAGAUAGUUCCGCGCCACGUCUGGUUCCUUCUGGAGCUCAAGCUCAAGAGGUUUGUAACUUGGCUAUGGUGGGAGACAGAGCUCUCAAUCCCAGAGUACGUCCGCAACAACACCAACGAGAUCUACGACCUGGUCGACCUCUACGUUGCUCACCUCACCGACACCAACACCAAGAGCUCGGCAAACAGGAUCCAGUUCACGCGAGUGAAGAACGCCAGCAAGCCGAAUUGCAACCUCGCCAGGGGCGAGCGAGUGGAGGACAAGUUCAAAGGCGUCACAUUCUCCUGGGUCUUCAACGUCACCGAGCCCUCCAACGGCAGAGGCUUCAGCUAUUUUGAUCGCAGUGGAGGAACACGCCGAGAGUACGUUGUCCAAGUUCACAGGAGGCACAAGUAUACACUCUUGCCCGAGUACAUGAGGGAAGUGAUCAAGCUCGGAGAGAGCUUGAAGCACCAGAACCAAGACCGGCAGCUCUACACCAACAUAGGAAAAUCGGACGACUACAGGAACAAGCCGUGGAGAUCGGUGCCUUUCAAGCAUGCCUCGACGUUCUCGAGCCUGGCGCUGGAUCCCGAGCUCAAGAACAAGAUCGUCCAGGACCUGGAUUCCUUCAUGGCUGGUAAGGAUUUCUUUGAGAGAGUUGGGAGGGCUUGGAAGCGGGGGUAUCUCUUAUACGGGCCUCCGGGGACUGGGAAGUCGUCACUCAUCGCUGCCAUAGCAAACUACACGCAGUACGAUGUCUAUGACAUGGAGCUAACGGAGGUGAAGAGCAAUGCCGACUUGAGGAAGCUGCUCAUGGGGAUUUCCAACAAGGCGAUCAUCGUGAUCGAGGACAUUGACUGCUCGCUGGAGCUCAAGAAAAGGGGAAAGCCAGCCCCAGAGGAAGAAACCAGUGAAGAGUCCAAGGAGAAAGAUGGAGCGUUGCCAGGGAAACAAGCCAAGAAGAAAGAUGAAGAGAGCAGCAGGGUCACACUUUCAGGGCUACUGAAUUUCAUCGAUGGGCUGUGGUCUUGUAGCGGGAGCGAGAGGAUCAUCAUCUUUACGACAAAUCACAAGGAAGAUCUGGAUCCCGCACUGCUGCGGUCGGGCAGGAUGGACCUUCACAUUUUGAUGGGCUACUGUGGAUUUGAGGCGUUCAAGGUGCUGGCGUGGACUCACCUUGAGAUCUCGCAGAAGGGCGAGUUUGAGAAGGAGUUUGGAGAGAUCGCGGAGCUGAUCGCCAAGGUUGAGAUCACUCCUGCUGAUAUCGCGGAGGUGUUGAUCCAGAACAGGAGGAACUCGAGAGGGGCUCUAGAGAAAGUGAUUGAGGCUCUUCGGGAGCAGGCUGCAAAGAAAGAUGAAGAAGAGGAGGGGGACGGUAAAAGCAAGCAGGAAUGAUCAAACUUGCUUGCUCAAGGUUGAUCAAGGUGCUUGCUGGCGUGGAGCCCACGUGGAACUUCCGGGAUU